AUCUUCAACUCGAAUCGAGGGUGCCUGUUUGCUUGCUCUGAUUUGUAUCCACUAAACACCUGACAGCGGUUUUAUCAUAUUUUUAAAAGUCAUCCAGUAUCUGGCCCCUGUUCCACACCGACUGCUUGGGUACCGAAACAGUUGAUACGUCUAUUGAAUAGAACGGUGCAUGAUGACGCACCUCUUCUAUAUUUGGUACCUGUCAGAAAAUGAGUUUUCACUUGUUGGACUUUUCCAUCAGCUUUAGUUCGUAGUCUCUCGCGGCGACUUUCUUUCCAUCCAAGCCAUCAAUGUUACCCAUCCCGUCCUGGUGUGAUCCCAAAGCAAGGGAUGAAAGAAGAAAAUGGAAGAGGAUUGAAAAAGAGGCACAGCAUCUAGCUAAACUCCCAUCAUGGGAUACCCCUGAUAAUUCGCUCAUGCUACAGGGUUUCGAAUGGCACGUUCCGGAUGAUCAAGGGCAUUGGAAACGUCUUCAACGCUCACUAAUGAGUCUGAAAUCUAUCGGUGUCGAUAGUAUUUGGAUUCCUCCGGGAUGUAAAGCAAUGACCCCUUCCGGUAAUGGCUAUGACAUCUAUGAUCUAUACGACCUAGGGGAAUUUGACCAGAAGGGGUCACGAUCUACAAAAUGGGGUAGCAAAGCAGAACUCCAAUCUCUAGCUUCUUCUGCGCGGAAUCUCGGUAUUGGCAUUUACUGGGAUGCAGUCCUUAAUCACAAAGCUGGUGCAGAUUACACCGAACGAUUUCCGGCUGUAAAAGUGGAUCCAAAAGACCGCAGUGUUGAAAUCUCCGCUGUAAAGGAGAUCGAGGGCUGGGUUGGAUUCAGCUUCGCGGGCCGUGGCGGCAUAUAUAGUCCCAUGAAAUAUAGUUGGCAUCAUUUCAGCGGCGUUGACUGGGAUGAAGCUCGGAAGAAAAAUGCGAUAUACAAAGUCGCUAGCAAAAGAUGGUCUGAUGACGUGGCGCACGAGAAGGGAAACUAUGACUAUCUUAUGUUCGCCGACCUAGAUUAUUCCAACCUAGAAGUUCAGAAGGACGUUCUCCGAUGGGGAGAAUGGAUAGGAAGCCAGUUAUCUCUCUGCGGCAUGAGGUUAGAUGCAAGCAAACACUACUCAGCUGAUUUCCAGAAGAAGUUUGUCAAUCACGUUCGAGCAACCGUCGGGCCGCAGUUUUCCUUCGUUGCAGAGUACUGGAGCGGCGAUGCCAGGGUUCUUAUGCAUUAUCUGCAGAAAAUGGACCAUCAGCUGUCUCUGUUUGAUGCUCCCUUGGUGGGGCGCUUCUCGAGGUUCUCGCGCACGGGGGGAGCAGAUCUUCGCAAGAUUUUCAAUGAUACGCUUGUAGAGACCAAGCCAGCACACGCAAUUACACUAGUUAUGAAUCAUGAUACGCAACCAGGACAGUCCCUAGAGGCUCCGAUUGCAUCAUUCUUCACGCCCCUCGCCUAUGCUUUGAUUCUACUCCGAGACAAGGGACAACCAUGUAUAUUUUAUGGAGAUCUCUACGGUAUCAGAUGCGGUGUCAAAAAUCCCAUGACUCCAUCCUGUGGUGGAAAGCUUCCAGUUCUUGCACGUGCUCGCAAGCUUUACGCUUACGGCGAACAAUGCGACUAUUUUGAUCAGGCCAAUUGCAUCGGAUUCGUCCGUUAUGGCAAUUUGUAUCACCCGUCUGGUCUAGCGUGCAUCAUGAGCAACGCGGGUGCGUCUCAGAAACGUAUGUACGUCGGGCGGAACCAUGCCAAGGAACAAUGGACAGACAUUUUGGGGUGGCAUCCAAGGACAGUUAUCAUUGAUAAGAAAGGUUACGGGAUAUUUCCUGUUUAUGAAAUGCAGGUUAGUGUCUGGGUCAACUCGGCCGCAGAAGGGAGAGAAAGUCUUCAGGAACCUUUUGAGGGAGGGAUUUACGAGGAUUGACCGGCCUGUCUGUCUCAUACAGAUAUCUGACAAGGCGUAUUUGACCUAUUAUCCGGCGGCGUUACCAUUUCCUUCCACUCAAUAGCUUGAGCUUGAUCUAUCAAAAUUCUAUAUACUAAGAGUUUUCGAAUACCCAUCUAGUGGUUGAA